AAAUGGCGAAAGCGUGUUGAGUUGUCCUGCAGGUCCGAACAUGUACCCGGAUGCUCACCUGUUAACUUCACCUUGUUUCCCGCACCUGCUGGAUUAUUCGCGCGUUUAAAUGGCCUCCGCCAGGCAAUGUCGCCUGGCUGCUUGCUUUUUGGGGAUCCUCCUGAACGCUUUCGUGGGGGUGUCAUCCGAUGCGGAGCUCUCCUUCACCCUGGAGCCCAGUGACAUCAUCGCGGUGCAGCAGCAGCCCCUCAUGCUCCACUGCCAGGUGAACGGCAUCCCCCCUAUCACAACACAAUGGAGGCACAAUGGCGUGCUUUUAACUCAGGACCAGUAUCACACCACCUUCAUCAACGGCUCCCUCCUAAUUGGCCACUUCCUGAAGACCAAGUCUGACAGCUUGUCUGAUGAAGGCGACUACGAGUGUGUGGCCCAGAAUUCUUUUGGGUUAGUAGUGAGCAGAAAGGCGCGGAUACAAGCAGCCACCAUGGCGGACUUCCACGUACAACCAGAGGCGGUGCAUGUGGAGGAGUCUGGUGUGGCCAGAUUCCAGUGCCAGAUUCACGGCCUGCCAGAGCCCGUUAUCAGCUGGGAAAAAGAUGGCCGUCCUGUGGACACCAAGGACAAAAGGUACACCCUUUUACCGACGGGUGUCCUGCAGAUCACAGGAGUACGCGAGGAGGACCGUGGAAAGUUCUGCUGUGUGGCACAUAACAGUGCAGGAGUAAAACACAGCACUGAGGCCCUCCUUACGGUUUCAGGUUCCCAGUCUUCUGUCUACAAAGAACCAAUGAUCCUAGUCGGACCGGAAAACCUCACCCUCACUGUUCACCAAACCGCCAUUUUGGAAUGUGUUGCCACAGGAUAUCCUCGGCCCAUCGUGUCUUGGAGCAGGCUAGAUGGCCGUCCUAUCGGUGUGGAGGGAAUCCAAGUGCUCGGCACUGGCAACUUGAUGAUUUCUGAUGUUGGUGUGCAACACUCGGGUGUUUAUGUGUGUGCUGCCAACAAACCCGGGACCCGUGUUCGUAGGACUGCUCAGGGCCGCUUGGUGGUCCAAGCUCCUGCAGAGUUCACUCAACCACCGCAGUCUAUUGCGCGACCCGUCGGGACCACCGCCAUCUUCACGUGCCAAGCCCAGGGCGAACCUGAGCCCCAACUCACCUGGUUGAAGAACGGCCAGAUCCUAGAGCCCGGGGGGCACGUCAAACUCAGGAACAGCAACAGCACGCUGACCAUCUACGGCAUCAGCCAGGACGACGAGGCCAUCUACCAAUGCAUCGCAGAGAACAGCGCCGGCUCCACGCAGGCCAGCGCUCGCCUCACGGUGCUCUGGGCCGACGGCCUCCCUGGCGUGCCCACCAACGUGCACGCUGAGGCCCUCUCACCCACCACCAUCCAGGUGUCCUGGAGGGAGCCCGAUCAGAACACGCAGGACAUCAUCGGUUACGUCCUCCAUAUACGCAGGACCGCAGACCCUGCGGAGAUGGAGUAUGAGGAGGCCGUCAGUAAGGCGACGCUGCAGCAGAUCAUUCGAGAUCUGGAGCCUUCCACCAGCUACACCUUCUACGUCAAGGCCUACACAUCACAUGGUGCCAGCAAACCAUCAGACAGUGUCAUGGAGAACACUCAUGGGGAAGUUCCAGCACCUCCCUCUCUCUUCACCAAAGUGGUGAACAGUAGUGUGGUGCAAGCAAUGUGGGAAGCUUCCACCAAGAUGGGUCAACACCAAGGCUUCAGACUCUAUUACAGAAGAGCCCAUACAGCAGUUUUUACUGGACCCAUCGUCUUGCCACGCAAUGCCUCCCAGUACAACAUCACUCAGCUGGAUCCCUCACUGGUCUAUGAGAUUAAUCUGCUAGCGUACAACCAACACGGAGAUGGCAACGCCACCAUGCGCUUUGUUUCACUUCGGGAGGCUUUGGAGAAAUCUGUCCUGGAUGCCUCAUGCGACUGUGUGCAAGACGAGCAAAGCAAAACGUCCACUACUGGCAUCAUAAUUGGUAUUCACAUCGGAGUCACCUGUAUCAUCUUCUGCGUUCUCUUCCUUGUCUUCAGCUACCGCGGCAGGUUGAUGAUGUGUAAGGCAGUUCAAGCAACCCCUCAGGCGGCACACAACGCAGCACUGGAGUCCUCCACCUCUUCCCAGGGGGCCUCUGGCUUGAACUCGGCCACCAGGAGGGAAAUGGAGGUCAAUGGCAGCACAGGAGGGAACAAAGUGGUUGACAGCAAUGAGCUGGAGAGACUUUUCCCUCAACCCAACACACAAGACACACGCAUGGCUGACUCAACUAUGGUGUCAUACUCACCAAAUGACACCCAGCUGUCCACGAUAGCGCUCGACAAAUUCACUGUCGAGCGGGACACAGAGACGCAGUUCCAGGAGUCUUCCGCAACACGAACGGGUCCACAGAACCAAGGCUAAUCAGCGUACGAAGGCCAAUCCACACGCCCCCGUGUCCGCAGUGUCCACUCAGUUUCGUUCUCACUCAGGUUGUUCUUUCAAAGUAGUUUGCAUUUUUGUGCAACGAUUUUUAUUCGUAAGUUAAAGGAGUUGUAGGGAGUUUAGGACUGGUUUCAGGAAAGUUGUGUUUAGCCAGGCAGACCAGUGUAGUGUUCUCGGACUGUCACUAUUUGGUCCUUUGUUUAUUUUCUGGUGUUAGGCAGCACACAGAAGAGCCAAAAUGUCCUUGUUAUACAAAGAUGAUUUCAUGUUUAAGUUUAUAUAUUUACAUAUAUCUUUAUCAUCUCUGUGUCAAAGUGGUUCUAAGUUAUUGGUCUUAUUGCUACUUUCCUGUGGAUGUCAAAGAUGCCUGCUGCCUGCUCUAACAUACCAACGAUUCCAUCUCAGAAGACCUAAGCCUUCUUCAAGGGACUCGCCGUGUUCUGUCUCAGGACUUUUGGGUUAUUCAGUCGGGAAUUCUGGGCCUUCAUGCAAGCGAUGGGUUGUGUGAAGCUUGUUGUUCAACAAAAACCUACCUCAACCGGAAUGAAUGUGUUGUGGGAAGCCUUUAGGGAACUUCCACUGUGUUUUCACUUACUGUACAUGCGGAGGAACUGAUGGGUCCGAAUUACAAGAUCAGGUGCCGCACUACCUCAGAUGUCAAAAAAAUCGUCUCUCCUAAGCUCCUCUCGUGCUUGUCAAGGCAAAACGACGAGUGUCCAACAUGAAGCACUUCCAAAUGCUGAAUUUAAUGUUCUACCUCAAAAAUAACAUUUUAAUGUUGUCAUUGUUCUAGUUGUUGUUUGUUGCAUAAUGAAAACAUUUUCAUUCUC